GUACACUGCUCGCCGCCCGCUCGCGCCCUGGCCCACCACAGUGCUCAAUCAGAAAUUAAAAUCACACAAAGAUCGUUACAAGUCGCGAGAUUGUUUUUAUGUUUUUAAUAAUCAACGGAAAUUUGUGAAGUUUUGUGAUUUUGCGUUCUUUUGUGUUAACUGCGUGUAACACAGUUCCUACCAGUAGUCUGAAAAUGGCAACCAGCACUCAAAAUGCAAUCACCCUCAAAGGAUCGGCUGCCAUCAUAACGGAAUAUCUGAAUUACGGCAUCAACUCGAUCCUGUUCCAGCGGGGAAUCUACCCUCCGGAGCAGUUCACCAGCGUGCAGCAGUACGGUCUCACAAUCCUGAUGUCCAAGGACGAAAAGAUCAUUGCCUUCCUGCAGAACGUCCUCUGCCAGGUGCAGGAUUGGUUGGCACGGAACGAGGUGGAAAAGAUAUCCAUGGUCAUCACCAACGUGCAUACCAAGGAAGUGCUGGAGUGUUGGGAUUUCAAGGUGCAAAACGAGCCGGGCGAUGGGCCUAAGAUCGAUCCGGCCAAUCCGACCUCGUCCAAGGAGCUGAAAAAGAUCCAGGCGGAAAUCCGGGACGUGAUGAGACAAAUUGCCGCCACGAUCAGCUAUCUGCCGCUCAUCGAGUACAUUUGCACCUUUGAUGUAUUGAUCCACACGCUGAAGAAUACGGACGUGCCGGAGAAGUGGAACGAAACCGGAGACGUGCAGAUCCAGAAUGCACAGACCGUGCAGUUGAAGUCGUUCUCCACCGGGCUGCACAAACUGGACACGAUUGUUAACUAUAAGAUGACAGAUUAGAGUGGCAAGGAGAGGGACUUUAAAUUUGGAUUAGGAACGAGUUAUGGGUGAUAAUGUUUUAUGGAUGCAGGGUGCACGGACUUUGAUAAGCAUGCAGUUGGUUUUAUAAGCAAGGACUAUACCAAAUAAACAACGAGCGUUCUCAUA